AUGAACCAGUGCAGGGAGGGCGACAUCGUCAAGCUCACGCACUCGCGCCCGCUGUCGAAGAUGAAGAAGUGGGUCGUGGCUGAGAUUCUGAAACCGGAGCGCGACUACGCGCACGACAACACGGGGAAGACGAGGCGGAUGAUCAUCGAUCGCGACGAGGCGCGCAGGCUGCGCGCGGGCGUGGAGGGGAGCGCGCUCGCGAGGGAGCACGCGCGGAUGCAGGCGCUCGAGGAGGAGAAGAAGAGGGAGGAGGAGGAGGCGACGGGGUUUGACGUGGACGCCGCGGCGAGGGCGAGAUGGGAGAGGUUGAACAGGGAGGGCGGCGCGGGGGAGGGGGAGGACGACGACGACGACGACGACGACGGGCCGGGGUUAGGGGACGGGCCGCAGGUCAUCGGCGUGCCGUCGAGGCCGAGCUACGCGGCGUUCAGAGGGUUCGCCGCGGGGGCUGCGGGUUGGCACUGA